AUGGGGCCGCCCCCGUGCGGGCUCCGCUGGCUCCUGCUGCUGCUGGCCGCCCCCCUGGGGGAGCUGCGGCCGCCCCCGGCCGUGCCCUGCCCAGCGGUGUGUGAGCCGGCGCGCUGCCCCCCGCGGGACCCCCAGCCCUGCCUGGCCGCCGGGGGGCUGCUCCAGCCCGACCGCUGCGGCUGCUGCUGGAUCUGCGCGCCCGGGGAGGGGCGGCCUUGCGCCGCGGGCGGGCUCUGCGCCCACGGGCUGCGCUGCCAGCGCCCCGCCGCCCGCCCGGCCCGGGGCGGCACCUGCAUCUGCGCCGAUUCCCCCCUGCCCGUGUGCGGCAGCGACGGCCGCACCUACCGCAGCCUGUGCCAGCUGCAGGCCGAGAACCGGCGGGCGCGGCUGCAGGACGCGCCCCCGGCCAUCCCCGUGCAGAAGGGCGGCUGCGGGGAGCCAGGCUCCUUCCAUCCUGACAGCCUGAGGUACAAGUUUAAUUUUAUUGCUGAUGUUGUGGAGAAGAUUGCUCCAGCUGUUGUCCAUCUUGAGCUCUUUCACAGGGUGUCCUACUCAAGCCAAGAAGUUCUUGUGUCCAGUGGCUCCGGAUUCAUAGUGUCAGAGGAAGGACUGAUUGUCACUAAUGCGCAUGUCCUCACCAAUAAGCAGAGAAUCCGAGUGGAGCUCAAGAGCGGGGAGCAGUACGAAGCUAAAAUCAAAGAUGUCGACCACAAGUUGGACAUAGCCCUGAUCAAAAUAUAUCCUGAUACUGCCCUCUCUGUACUACUGCUGGGCAGAUCAUCUGACCUCCGUCCUGGGGAGUUUGUGGUGGCGCUGGGCAGUCCCUUCUCCUUACAAAACACUGUAACAACAGGAAUCAUCAGCAGCACUCAAAGAGGCAGCAAGGAGCUUGGCCUGAAGGACUCUGACAUGGCGUACAUUCAGACAGAUGCUAUCAUCAAUUAUGGAAAUUCAGGUGGGCCCUUGGUGAACUUGGAUGGUGAAGUUGUAGGGAUAAAUACGCUGAAGGUAACGGCUGGCAUCUCCUUUGCAAUCCCCUCUGACCGAAUCCGUCAGUUCCUAGAAGAAUCUCACGACCGGCAGAUGAAAGGGACGAUUCGACCCAAGAAGAAAUACAUGGGAUUCCGAAUGCUUCCCCUCACUUUUAAUCUCAUCCGUGAACUGAAAAUCUAUGAUAAAAAUUUCCCGGACCUGAACUCUGGAGUCUAUGUCUUUGAAGUGAUUCAAGGAACUGCUGCUGCAAGCUCUGGCAUGAGAGAUGGUGAUGUGAUUAUCAGCAUUAAUGGAAAAACAGUCACCUCAACAGAGGAUGUCAGUGAAGCUGUUAAAAACAAUGAUGUUCUUUCAAUUGUGGUUCGUCGAGGAAAUGAAGAUGUGAUCUUGAAUAUAAUUCCAGAUGAAAUUGAUUAA